GCCCGGGGGGCGGGGCCUCGAAAGAGAGACCAAUGCCUGGGGCGGGGCCUCGGGUGGCAAAGGGGCGGGGCUGGGGGCCUAGAGCGCUGGGGCUUUGGGGGUGCACUGCCUAUGAGGGCACCCGUUGUGCUUCUGGCUCGUCCGCUCCAGUCCCGGCUGGAGAAUCCCGCGCCCGGGAACAGCGGCGGGCCCACUGGCUUAUCCGCGCAGGCAGGCCUCGUGGGAACCGUCUGCAGGCACACGCACCCGCACCCGGCUCCCCCCAAAACCGCGCGCGGGAGUCCCAGACACCGGUCCCCAAAGUAACCGCUGGCCGUGACCUGGUGGUGCGCAGAGCGGUUGCGACAGGCAGGAAGCCCCUUGGCGUGCCCUCCCCCACUCUCCUGCCGGUCUCCGGAGCUCCUACUUCCCUGGGGAAGCAGAGUGACCCGUGGAUGACCGGGACUUUCCCCGGCUUUCAGGCCUAAAGGAGGAAUUCCCCUGAAUCCAGCGGAAGCCCGCUCAGCCCCGGCUGAGCCUCCUGAAACCUCCCUGCUGCUCGCUAGAAGAACCCAGGCUCGCAAGGCCUGGUGUCUGGCAGUGAAUUAACCGUCGAGUGACUGUUGCAGGCAGCUGGGCUGCAGUGCACACCAUGUCCUGUUUUGAAGAUGCUGACACAGAAGAGACCCUGACAUGUCUCCAGAUGACCAUCUACCACCCCAGCCAGCAGCAAGGCGCCGCUGUAUUCCAGGCCAUCCCCUUAAACAACCGGAAGAAGCUCUCCUCCAGUGAAGUGAUAAAAUUCGGCCGCAAUCCCAACAUCUGCCAGUACACCUUCCAGGAUAAGCAGGUCUCCCGCGUGCAGUUCUCGCUGCAGCUCUUCAAGGAGCUGGACAGCUCGGUACUCUCAUUCGAAAUCAAAAACCUGAGCAAAAGGACCAGCCUGCUGGUGGACAACAGGGAGCUGGGCUACCUCAACAAGGUGGACCUGCCCUACAGGUGCAUGGUCAGGUUCGGAGACUACCAGUUCCUGCUGGAGAAGCAGGACGGAGAGUCGCUGGAGUUCUUUGAGACUCAGUUUUUCUUGUCUCCCAGGUCCCUGGUGCAGGAGGUCAAUUGGCCAGUGCCCGAGUUCAGCCGCUUAUCCUCCUGCUCCACCCAGAGCACCUCUCCGAUAGAGAUAGACGAAAAUGAGUUCUGAGUGUGGAAGGUGUGUGUGUGUGUGUGUGUGUGUGUGUGUGUGUGUGUGUGUGUGUGUGUGAGAGAGAGAGAGAGAGAGAGAGAGAGAGAGACAGAGAGAAGGUAGGAUCCAGGGCUUGCUGGACACUUCACAGAUGCCCCUCUCAUUCCCUGAUUUCUAGCAGAGCAGCUGUUGCUGAAUUCAGACCCAGCGUUGGCCUUUUUGAAGUGUGUGAAUGGUUGUUAGUCUUCAGAUAGAAUCAACGUGUGACUAGAUGUGUGAAGACUUUGUAAAUUCUAAACGUACAUCUGUGAGCCUUAAAGCACAAAGAUAUAUAUGUAAAAAAAAAUAGGGAGCCGGGUGGUGGUGCGUGCACUCAGUUAAGCACACAUAUCACCAUGCACAAGGAUGCAGGUUCGACCCCCUGCUCCCCACCUGCAGGGAGAAUGCUUCAUGUGUGAAGCAGCUCUGCAGGUGUCUAUCUUCCUUCCCUUCUCAAUUUCUCUGUCCUGUAUAAUUAAAAAGAUUAUAUAUAGAUACACUAUAUAAAUUAUAUAUGUAAAAUAUAUAAGCUAUAUAUAUAAAGAUAUAUACUAUAUAUAGAUAUAUAUCUAUUUUUGCCUGCCAGGGCUUUUGAUAUCUGCUUAAUUCCACCAUUCCCAGAUGACACUGUGCAUAUGUGUGUGCGCAUGUGUGAAAGAGAGAAUGUCUCUGGCACCUUGCACAUGCAUGAAUCCAGUGCUCCCAGAUUUCCCCCCUGCUUUUUAACAAUUUCAGAUAGAUGAGUAAGAGAAAUCACAACACUGCCUCAUCUCCGUGGAACUCCUCCUCCCCCAGCCUUGAACCCAGAGUUUUGUGUGUGCUCUACUGGCCCCUGAAUAUUCAAAUUUUAUAACAGCACCUAUGCAGACAGCCGAGCCAAAGGUUAAUUCCUCUAGCUACUUUUCUUUGACACUGAUUUUGAAGGACUCUGCUUAGGCUUCUCUGAAUGAUUAACUAUAUGGUAAAUUUAUAAUAAGUGCUUUAAUAUUCCUGAAAAUUUUUCAUUAAAAUGGUUUUAUUAAAUA